ACAAAAGCAAAAGUAAAAGCAAACCGUCCUCUAUAUUAAGCCGCUUUCCUCGACCCUGCAUCGGUAGUCCAUCUACUCUUGAGGGAGAGAGAGAGAGAGAGAGAGGAGCAGCCAUGGCGGCGUUUGCCAUUUGGUCGCUGGUGCUUCCAUUGCUCGUGGCGACUGUAUUCGGAAAGGAGAUCAAUCCCUUCUCUCCGAAGGCAUCUGUGCAGAGGUACUGGAGCCAGCAGGUGGCUGGCCCGGCGAAAAUUCCGGCCUUCCUGCUGGACAAGGCGUCCCCGCUCGACGCCCUGAACUCGGCCCUACUCCGGAGAUACGUGGAGCAGAACACGCUGCCCACCCACCUCCGCUCUUUCUGCGACGCCGCCCGCCUCUUCUGCCUCCCCAACCCUGCCGCUUCCCUCGAGAAGCACAGCGAUAACGUCGACUUCGCUGUCUACUCCGGCCAAAACUUCAGCAACUACCGGUCCGACGCGGUGGGAGGCGCUGAUAACUUCAAGAACUACUCCCAAAACGACAACGUCGUCGCCGAUACGUUCACGCGCUACAGCCGCAGCUCCGUUGGCCACGGCGAUACGUUCACCGCGUACCUUCCCAACGUCAAUGUCGGCGACGGUGAAUUCUCUAGCUACGGCAUUGGCGCCUCCGGCGGCGCCGGUCAGUUCGCCCACUACGCGGACAACAUCAACGUUCCGAACAUCCAGUUCAGGACUUACGAAUCAGACGGCGUGGGCAGGAACCGUGACUUCCAGACCUACUCUGACCAGGCGAACGCCGGCGACCAGUCGUUCAGAAGCUACGGCCGGAGAGGUACUGGCGUUCCCACCACCUUCUCGAGCUACGGCGAGUCCAGCAACGUCAUUGGCUCGACAUUCAACAAUUACGGUGAGAGCGGCACCCGCGCCAACGACUCCUUCACCAGCUACGGCCACAACGGAAACGUGCCGGAGAACGGCUUCCGGAACUACGGCGAAGGCGGCAACGGCGGCGUCGACUCGUUCGCCUCAUACAGGGACGACGCCAACGUAGGCGACGACUCCUUCACCUCCUACGGCAAGCACGGCGUCUCUCCGAAGCUCGACUUCGCCAACUACGGCCAGUCGGCGAACGUGGGCACCGACAGAUUCAAGGGCUACGGCCAGGGCGCCACUGGUGCCCAGAUCGGGUUCAAGAUCUACGGAGUCAACAACUCGUUUGGGGACUACGCCGACAAGAAAUCCGUUUCCUUCGCCAGCUACACCACUCCGACCUCCGCCACCCCUGCGAAGACCACCACCAACAAAUGGGCAGUCGCGCCCGGGAAAUUCUUCAGGGAGAAGAUGCUGAAAACCGGAACCGUGAUGCCGAUGCCGGACAUCCGCGACCGGAUGCCACCGAGGUCGUUCUUGCCGCGGUCGGUCUCCGAAAAGCUGCCAUUCUCGAGCUCGAAACUCGGGGAGCUGAAGCAGCUGUUCGAAGCAGGGGACGACUCGGCCAUGGCGAAAGCGAUCCAGAAGACGCUGGCGGAGUGCGAGAGAAAGCCGAGCAAGGGAGAGUCAAAGAGGUGUGUGACCUCCAUAGAAGACAUGAUCGACUUCGCGACGUCGAUGCUGGGGAAGAAGGUGGAGCUGAGGUCGACGGAUUCGACGGCGGGGUCCGGGAAGAACGUGGAGAUCGGAGAGGUGAAGGGGCUGGACGGCGGGAGGAUCACCAGAACGGUGUCGUGCCACCAGAGCCUCUUCCCUUACAUGGUGUACUACUGCCACUCCGUCCCGGUGGUCAGAGCCUACGAGGCCGACAUUCUCGACGUCGAUAGCAAGAAGAAGAUCAACCAUGGCGUCGCCGUCUGUCACCUGGACACCAGCGCAUGGGGGCCGAGUCAUGGAGCGUUCUUGGCUUUGGGAUCCAAACCCGGAGAGAUUGAGGUCUGUCACUGGAUCUUUGAGAACGACAUGGUCUGGGUAAGGUCUAGCUGAGCGGUUCUAGAACAUCAGAUGAGAUAGGGAUUGGAUGUUGUACCAUCUAAAAAGGUGAGAUCUUGAUUCUGUAUCCGAUCCAUCUAGAGUCUUAACUCGGACUCUCUCUCUCUCUCUCUCUCUCUGUGUGUGCAUGGCUCUGGUUGACGAAGAUUGAAGGGAAAUGAAGAGGAAAGUUUGUGGAAGAAGAAGAUGAUGGUGGUGGUGUCUCUCUUGUUUUCGAUCUCUUCAAGUAAUAACGAAGACUUGUUGUGUUCA